AUGGAUUUGACACUAAUAGACUUUUCUGCAAGAGUGGGACACAACUGGACUCUGUUGUCUGGCAAAGAUACGGGAGAAACUUUUGAAGAAAUCAAGGAGGAAACUGAGGAGCAUAUUAUCUGGGAUCAUCCCUUUGAUAUUCACUAUAAGGCCAAAACAAUGAGAGGAUGGCCAAAGUUCUUUGUAGAAGUAUGGCAAGUUGAUGAAGAUGGACGCUACUCAAUAUCAGGAUAUGGAAUUGCAACAGUUCCUUUCACUCCAGGAUAGCAUACUCUUGAAGUCAAAUGCUGGAGACCUAGUCCUCAAGGCUUCUUCAAACGUCUGGCAGCAAAGAUUUUAGGAAUUUAACCAGAGCUAGAAUUUAAGGACAUGCUCAUGUCAAGUGCUGAGAGAUUUGGAUUUGAAGCUGAGACAACUGGCACUGUAGAAAUUGAUGUAGGAGUAAUUGUUAAAGACUUCUAACUUCAUGGAGUCUAAUUAUUUACUCAAAUUUGA